AUGUCACACAUCUCGGAUUAUUUUGAGCAAUUUAAUAGUUCAUUAACAGCUGCCUCACAAUCGACAUCUCAAUCUCAUGAUGUUUCAGCAUCGAACAAUAAAAUUCCACUUACAUUUUAUGUAUUUGAUUUCGAACGAUAUAGCGAUGAAGUGGCAACAUUACGAGAUUUACGGACAUUUAUGAUCCAACGUUGGCAUAAUAGUUUUUUCUAUGCACUUGCAUAUUUACUUUUAAUUUAUACAGGUCAAUUUUUUAUGAAAAAUAAGCCUCGAUUUGAACUACGUUUAUGGCUAGCAGCAUGGAAUACGUUAUUGGCAUUAUUUUCAGUUUUUGGAGCAAUGAGAGUAGUACCGGAAUUAAUUUAUGUUAUUUAUAGACAUGGUAUCAAAUACUCGAUUUGUAAUAAUUCAAAUGCAUUUGGUGUUGUCGGCUUUUGGACUUGGGCAUUUUGUUUUUCGAAAUUACCUGAAUUGAUUGACACAGUGUUUAUCGUGCUUCGUAAACAACCCUUGAUUUUUCUCCAUUGGUAUCAUCAUGCAUCAGUUUUAAUUUAUUGCUGGUUUAGCUAUCAAGAUUAUAGUUCCACUGGACGAUGGUUUUGUGGUUUGAAUUAUGUUGUUCAUGGUAUAAUGUAUUCUUACUAUGCAUUACGUGCGCUCAAAGUUUGUAUACCACGUUGGGUAUCAAUGAUCAUCACGAUGCUUCAAUUAACUCAAAUGAUAGUUGGUUGUUUGAUUAAUUUACAAGCAUGGCAAUAUAAGAAAAAUGGUGAAGUCUGUCAAGUCACAGACGAAAAUUUGAAAGUAUCAUUAAUUAUGUACGCGACCUAUUUUCUACUAUUUGGUCACUUUUUUCUUGGUUCGUACAUUUUUAAAUCGAAACGUGCAAAUCAACAGAAUGGUAAACAACAUCAAGAAGAAAAAGAAACGAGUCAACAUGUUAAAAAAAUGAAUUAA